GGAAAUUAUGUCAAAGUCAAAAUUUGAUGUUAAUGAAUAAAUUCAAAUUCCGAAUGGAGAUGCAAAAAAAGGAAAACAAAUGUUUGAAUUUAAAUGUAGCGCUUGCCAUAAUUUUGAAGAUGACAAAGAAGGAUUAGCUGCACCAACAUUGAAGUAUCAAUUUAUAUAAUCAAUUAAGAAAGAUUAUGGGAAAAAGAAUUGGAUCAACUUUGUUUCAUUAUUCUAAAUCGAUGAAGAAUUGUAACGAGAUUUGGACUGAAAAAAACAUGUUUCUAUUCCUCAAAGAUCCUAAAACUAUUUUUAGGGAUACAAAAAUGGCCUAAACAAAAAUUGCAAAUCCUUAAGAAAGAGCAGAUAUUAUAGAAUUCUUAAAGAGUUUGUGAAUAUUUC